AUGGGCAAAUUUUCAAAGAUCAAGCAAGUUCAGGAGAAAGAAGAGACAAAUCAGGAGAAGAUGGAAUGGGAAGCGGCUGGAAAUAGAGAUGAAUCUGAUUCGGAUUCAUCUGAUGAUUCGGAUAAUGAAAGUGUUGGAGAUGUUGAGAAAAAUCCAGAGGAACAAAAGAGAAGAGCGGAAUUGUGGACAAAUCGAGAAAGAGUUUUGGUGUUGUGUUCGAGAGGAGCUGAUGUUCGAACACGAUUUUUGAUGAAAGAUAUUAAGGUUGGUUUUGAAAUUCAAAAAAAAAUUGGGAAAAAUAUAUAGUUUUUAUGGUUCUUUGAGCCGAGAAAAGUAAUAGAAAAGUUUUGUGACAAAAAAAUUUUGAUUCACCAAUUUUUCUGGGUAAAAAUUGAAAGAAAUAGGAAAACUACAAUUUUUUGAAUUUUGAGAAAGUUGUUGUCAAAAAAUGAUUCAAAAUUUUCAGGAUAUUCUUCCACACGCAAAAGGAGAUUCAAAAUUGGAUCAACAAAAGUCGUUGAAUGUUUUGAACGAAAUUGCUGAAAUGAAAAAUUGUUCGAAAAUCAUGUAUUUCGAGAGUCGUAAACGCAAGGACACUUAUUUAUGGAUGUCGAAUGUCAAUUCAGGACCAUCAAUGAAAUUUUUGGUACACAAUGUUCACACGAUGAAAGAACUCAAAAUGUCUGGAAAUUGUCUUAAAGCAUCACGCCCGAUUUUGUCUUUCGAUGAUGCUUUCGAUCAAAAACCACAAUUGAAAUUGAUCAAAACAAUGUUGAUUCAAACUCUUGGAACACCAAAUCAUCAUCCAAGAAGUCAACCAUUCGUUGAUCAUGUUUUCAAUUUUUCGGUCGGUGAAAAUGAUCGAAUUUGGUUCAGAAAUUUUCAAAUUGUUGAUGAGAGUUUGCAACUUCAAGAAAUUGGUUUGUUCAAAUGUUUUUAAUUUAAAAUUUAUCCAUAAUUUUUCCAGGACCUCGCAUGGUUUUGGAAUUAGUCCGAUUGUUCUCCGGAUCAUUUGAAGGAAGUGUUUUGUAUGACAAUCCAAACUAUGUUAGCCCAAAUGUUGUAAGAAGAGAACAACGAAAAGGACAAGGAGCUUAUAUCGAAAAACAAUUGCAUAAUAAGGUGAAAUUUCAAAGAUUGACAAAUUAAUAAAUAUUUGAAUAAAAUAAUAUAUUUUAAGGCACUUCUUGUGAAACAAGCUCAAAUCACCGAAGUUCUCUCGGAGAAAAUGAUUGAUCCAGUUGGAAAAGAAUUCGAUAUUCAAAACAACACUUCGAAUGAAGCUGUUGAGGAAAUUACUUCGAAAAUCGAGAAGAAAAAGUUGAAAAAGAAGAAGGCGCAAGGAGCAAAAUACGUUGGAGCACAAGCCUAA